GUUACAGCAGACAAAGGAAAGAGGGGGAACCAUUUUGCUGCUAUGAUUGUAUUCCAUGUCCAGAAGGGAAGAUUUCAAACCAGACAGGUAAGGUACUGUAUGCUAUAGUAUAUCAACUAUAUUGAGAACAUGUUUUUGUUAGCCAUUUGUGAACAAAUAGACGCCUUACAAAAGACUUGAAGAUAAACCUUUACUUGUCCGGUUGUCAACUGUUGAACAACAAGUAUUAUUCAUAUGUGCUUCUGUCCCUUGAGCCCACUGAGAAGCUUUAGUCCUUUUUUGUUUUCAAAGCUCCUUCAUAGCAGAGCAUAAGUUUAUAAUCCAUAUCUUACCUGUCCUCAAAAACUCCUCCAGACAGUGUCUGCUUGAAGUCACUAAACUCCCACGCUCUCAAUCAAAGAUGCAACUAACAGUAGAACCAACCAACCGUCAAGUACCAACUACCUCCUUCUUCCCCAAUACCAUUUAUUCUUUGUGAAAUAUAUUUACUGUUCUUAAACCACUGUACAAGUGUAUUAAAUGCUGUACCACUGUACAAGUGUAUUAUCAUAAACAAUAUUAUAAAUUGCUAACCAGCAUAUCUUCUGCUUACCUCCACACCUGAAAACUUCAUGGAUUGCAUGGACAGCAACUUACUUGAUCACCAAAAUUCUAGAAAUGUCAAUUCAAGAGAAUUUUUUUGACCAUAUUCCUAGGUGUGUUAACUGGAUUAUAUUAGCACAUUUAGUCUUCCGUUGACAUUAAGCUUCCUUUCUGGGAAAGGAAAUUGGUAAAUGUAACUUCCUAUUUUACAACCAUUUCUACUGGUAAGCUGUGAAACAUUAAUGUUUAAUUAUUAUUUCUCCAUUCAGAUAGCAUGGAAAGCUCCUAUUGCUAGAAUGGGGACUUUUUUCUCUCUAAACACACCAACUUUCAAUUCUAUGCAUGUGUAAACACAAACAAACAUUUAUGGAGCUUAUCAUUUAGAUUUAAUUCUCAUUUAAUUAUCCACUGAAAAGAAUCUUCCAAAAAUAGCUUACCUUAAAGACAAAACAUGUUAACACUCUAACAAUUUCCUGAAAAAGAUAAUGUUUUGUAUCAUGUAUACUAUAAAUUACAUUCAAUUAUAGUACAGUGAAAUUCAAGGUUUCCUGAUCCGAUACCAUAAAUAUUUAUAUCUCAGUGAGACUGAAAAUACUAUAACUGUAAUCCUGAUUUCUUUAUACUGCAAGAUAUGGAUGACUGCUUUCAGUGCCAAGAAGAUCAGUAUCCUAACCAACAGAGAAACCAGUGCAUCACCAAGAAAGAAAACUUCCUAUCUUAUGCAGCACCUUUAGGCAUCAGUUUGGCUCUUUUGGCUCUGGCUUUUUCUGUAACUACGGCUUUGGUGUUUGGAAUCUUCAUCAAACAUCAAAACACUCCCAUUGUCAAAGCCAACAACCGGAAUCUCACCUACACCCUGCUCAUCUCCCUCCUGCUCUGCUUCCUCUGCUCCUUGCUAUUCAUUGGGCGCCCCCAGUUACUGACCUGCAAUCUACGACAAACUGCCUUUGGUAUCAUCUUCUCAGUGGCUGUUUCUUCUGUUUUGGCUAAAACCCUCACGGUGGUUCUGGCUUUCAUGGCUACCAAACCAGGAUCCAAGAUGAGGAAAUGGGUGGGGAAAAGAUUUUCCACCUCUAUUAUUCUCUGUUGCUCAUUUAUCCAAGCAAGUAUUUGUAUGCUAUGGCUGGGUACUGACCAUCCAUUCCCAGAUCUGGACAUGCACUCUCUGCCUGAAGAAGUCAUAGUGGAAUGCAAUGAAGGAUCAGCCAACAUGUUCUACUAUGUUCUUGGUUACAUGGGAUUGCUGGCUCUUGUCAGCUUCAUUGUGGCUUUCUUUGCUCGGAAGCUGCCGGACACUUUUAAUGAAGCCAAAUUUAUUACUUUCAGCAUGUUGGUGUUUUGCAGUGUGUGGCUUUCUUUUGUUCCAUCCUACUUAAGCACCAAAGGGAAGUACAUAGUGGCUGUGGAGAUCUUCUCCAUCUUGGCCUCCAGUGCUGGAAUCUUGGGUUGUAUCUUCUCCCCAAAAUGUUAUAUCAUUGUCUUCAAGCCUGAACUCAACUCAAAAGGGCAGCUAAAAAAGAGAAAUAA